AUGUGGUUAGCGUGUUUGAUUCAAUUCAGCGAACUUCGAAUAAAUGCCAACAAUAUCAUUCUGAAGCAAAGAUAUUCUGAAUCUGUCGACAUGAAGGAGAUGAUUAAUUGGCGUCAAUUAUAUAAUGAAUCUCAGAUGAUUCGACCUGAAGAUAAGGAAGUUUUAACAGAACGUAUUUGUCGAUUGGUAAGUAUUUAUAAAAAUGAUAUGAUGGAACAAGAUCUCCAUCGGUAUGUUCAACGUCUAUCGACAAUAUUUCGUUGCUGUCAAAUGUGUUCACCAAAAAGCUAUACAAAUUAUCGAUGGAUUGAUACACAGAUCGCAGGGACAAAAAAAUUAUACGAUCUUCGUUUAUCAGGACAAUCGGUGUCUCCCUUGGUAUACUAUUGGUAUAAAACCAUCGUUAAACCGUGUGAUGAACGUGGCCAAGUAUCUGAUUUCAAGCAGGGUGAUGAACAGUCGGAUUUGUCGAUCUCAUUGCUAUCGAAUAUGAAUGAAAAUGUGGUAGUAAAAACUCGUUUUUGGAAAUCAAUUUUUCCGACCUUUCUCCAUGAUUUGAUAAUGAAAUUUCAAAUGUAUUACACAUACCGAAAGAUUCGAAGUCUCUCAUCAUCAAUUGAAGUUCAUAAUCAGCCAAUGAAAACAUUUCGAUAUUUGUUUCAAACAAACAUUGCUCCAAUUUUCGUAUGCUUUAUCUAUAACGAGAACAGUUUUCGUGAGAUAUUUUGGAUGUUUCGUCAUUUGAUAACAGUAUUCAAUUGGCCAACGGCAACGAAGAUAUUUGCUAGUCAUUCAUUCCAAACAAGUUCAAGAUUCGAACGAAUGAUAAUGAAUCAUUUAGGAUUCGUUGAUUUAUCAGGUUUGAACAUGAAUCGAAUAGAUCUGUAUUGUUACAUUUGUCGAUGUUUGAAAACAUGCCAACAAAAUGGACCAAUAAUCUUGCUUUUGGAUUAUUCAACAAUUUUCCAACGAAAUUCUUCAGAUUUCUAUCUUAUAUCUUUUCUAUGUGAUUUAAUUCGAUUUGAUUUAUCAAUUCCUGAUAUGUUAUUCAUUCCUACACGUUUGCAUCGAUCAAAUCUAUCAUUCAGCCAACCAUUCCUAUUCAAAGAGUUAGUCGAAUCGAUUGUAAAGAAGAUGAACAUUCACAAGCAGUUCUACGAAUUGAUUAAAUGCAAAGACGAGGUUGUUUCUCGAUUUCUCGAUUGUAUUCUUUUACAUUUGGCUUAUGAUACAAAUCAACUGGUGACGACAAAUCUCGAAUUUGAUCAUGCUAUUACCUGCAUUGAACUUUGUCAAUUAACAAACAAUCCCUUAUCAAUCGAUGCAAUGUACAACACACUUCAAAUAGCGUUGAAAACAUGUUCAUUUAUCAGUACUGACAACCAUCGAUGGAAUGAAAUAACUGUCAAGAAUAUGAAAAAAUAUCAACUGUUGAAUAAGAAAUCGAAAUCGAACUUGUUUUCUGUGAUACUUCGAGAGUAUUUUCUUGAUAUUUUAGCAGCUUUAUCGAUUCUAUCAAAAGUUCAACAUGUUGGUACUCAAUCACGUGUGCUGGAAAUAGAAAUGUCAAAUCAGUUGACUUUUCUUCUGUUUACAUUUGGUACUAAACAAAAUCUGAACAUUCGGCCAUGUUUGAAUCUAUAUCAGAUAAUUCAACAGAUAAUUCAACUGUGUCAAACAAGAAAAUAUAUUCUAACGGAUUGUCUUCCACAAAAACCAAUGCAUUUUCAUGAAACUAUAUUAUCAGAUCAUGAAUGGAGUGAAGAUGAGGAAAAUGAUCUAAUGGGAGAAGAAUUUGUUGAUUAUGAUGAAGAUGACGAUGAAAUUAUAAUCAAUGAUUUACCGAAUAGAGUUUCCGAUACCGUCAAACCAAUGCAUCGAAUUUGUUUCCAUGAAAAUGAAUUUCAAUUGAGAUUCUUCGCUAAAUUAAUUGGUCCUACAAUUAAAGCAAUUGUUUAUAUCCUGAAAUAUCACAUUGAGAAUCAAUUCGAAACAUUUACAUUACAACUUCCUUCAUUGUAUGAUUUUGGCGAACUAUUCGAUCUGAACUUGAACGAAGUACUUCUGUAUAUUCGUCGAGCUUAUGCAUGUCGCCUAGCAGAACAUUUGAAUCUAUCUGAUGAAGUCUUAAUGAUUUUUCAACCAAUGGACGAGAAGAUAUAUCCAUUAUCCAUGGACAUUCUUGUGAUGAUUUACGGUGAAUUUGUUAAACUACUAUCUUGUUGUGAUAUGGAAUAA